AUGAUGAAAAGUAGCAAAAAACUUUUCUUAGUGGCCCUUGUGGUCACAGUACUAAUUUUGGGCCUCACCGCUAGCAAAGCAGAUGCCAGAAGAAUAGCAAAAAAUGGAGAAGUUAGGUCUAUCAUGUUGAAUUUUGACAAGGUUCCAUAUGAUUCGAAUAGGGUGAACCUAGAGAUGGUGCCUAGGGACAUAUUUGUACCACCACCAACUUUCUUGCACUCUAAGAGUAUCUAUCAAAUGCUACCCAAGGUUACGACUCGACGACAGUCAGGGCUCUCUUCUAGCACAUCUGAUGCUCCUUCAUCACCACCACGUCUGUCAGACUCUAGUGGCAUUUAUCAAAUGUUGCCCAAAGGUAUACAUGUACCACCAUCUGGACCAUCUACCAAGACGUCUGACCCACCACCACCACCACCCAAGCACAUCCAUAGGAACUUUGGUGGCCCAUUAACCAGUUUUGGUCCUCCAACUCGGUGA